AUGAAGCUUCUUUCCUCUUUGCUUGCGUCGUUUGCGCUUCUUUCCUCACUUGUGUCGGCCAUCACCGUUACGUCGAUCAAGGGCUAUAACAUCAGCAACGAUGUAGAGGGUUCAGUUCGGCUCAACGGGCUUUCCUUCCAGCAAAACGCGCUGACGACUUUUGGGAACUACCAAUACGUUGCUUUCUACGCAACAGCCACAGGCUACGGCAAGCACCAUGUCAACCUUGGACGCCGCCAAAUCUCUCCUUCCAUCGGAGCAUGGCAAUAUUUGGCCUUCGCGGACUACGUCCAGCAGACGCUCGAUGAGCACAACACCAUCAGCAUGGGCAUCAGCGGAGACGGCAAGAUCCAUCUCUCCUUUGACCACCACGACGUCCCCAUCAACUACCGCGUGAGCAACACGGGCAUCGCGAAAACGAUCCCCUCGGAAUGGACGGCUGCAGCCUUCGGCGCCGUCCAACACAGCCUCCCCGGCAGCACGGGGCCAUGGACACCCCUCACCUACCCGCGCUUCGAGCGCAUCGACGACGGCGACCUGCUGAUGGAAUUCCGCAUCGGCCAGUCCGGGUCGGGCGACAGCUGGAUCCACCGCUACAGCAGCACGUCCGGGCUGUGGUCAAACGUAGGAAAGUACCUGCAGGGCGAAGACAACAACGCAUACAUCAACGGCCUCAGCAGCGCUGGGGGGAACCUGUACGUAUCGUGGACCGUGCGGGAAACGCCGACGCCCUCGACGAACCACGACUUCUACUUUGCGCUCUCGGAAGACUGGGGCCGCAGCUGGAAGCCGACCGCGGGCCAGACCGUCGCGCUGCCGAUCCGUCCAAGCACGCCCGGAAUAAAGGUCUUCGCCAUCCCCCAGAACUCCCAGCUCAUCAACCAGGAAGCGCAGUGUGCAGACGACCAGGGCAGAUUCCACGCCCUGAUGCGCGAUAACACCACCGCGACGAGCACGUUCUACCACUACCUGCGCACCGCGGACGGCAAGUUCAGCAAGACGGCCAUUCAGGCUCCGGGGUUGUCUACGCCGCCGUAUCUGGCGUACCGCGGCAAGAUUGUCGCCAAGGGCGACAGCGUCGUUGCCGUGCUGCCUGAUGCGCCGAGAGCGACGGUGCAGCUUUGGGGAGCGACGGCGGGCGGGAACUGGGCGGAUUGGAAGAAGCUGGGGGAGAUUGCGAAUAUGGCGGGUGAGCCGCUGGUGGACGAGGAGCGGUUGCGGAAGUUUGGGGUGUUGAGUUUGUUUGUCAGGCAGGGCGGGCCGUUUGGGUCGCGGAAGGUGCAGGUUUGGGAUUUUGGGCUGAGUUUGUGA